AUGGAAUCUUUAUUGAAGCGGCCUGAUAAGGAAGUUGUGGACAACAAUUCAGCUACACCCUCUCUGACAGACAAUACCAAUACCAUCAAUAAACCCGAAACAACCACCUCAAACACUUCCUUUUCGAUAGAUAAAGACGGCCUUGAAUACCCAAAUACCGAAAGAACCGACAGCAGUUUUCCACCUAUAAUAAGAAACAAGGACAAAAGUAACACAAGAAACAAGGACAAUAUUGAGUCUGACAACUUCAUAGAUGACUAUUCUUCACAAAAUCUUAUUUUACCCCGGUCCGAACAGCCGUCUAAUCAACAACCGUCAUUCUUUUUCCCUAAAACCGCUGGUCGCAAUAACACAACUUCCAAAGUAACUGAGGGUUCAGCCACACCAAAAGACACAGACGUGGACCCCCAAACUCUCCACCCGUCGACGAAUUUGAGCAAAGGCUCGUCGUCUAAAGGGUCUCCGUUUUCUAAACACCUAGACACUGGGACUCUUCUUCCACUGGUGGAGGAGGAAAUAGAUACUUUGGAAAAUAUGGACAAUUUUGAGAUAAAAAGUCGUCAUGUAAAUAAUCCUAAUAGAGACGUACUUUUUCGGAGAUUUGGAGAGGAAAGCGAAAAUCAAUCUACAACUACUGAAAAGUUUGAUACAAAAAAUAAAAAAGAAAUAAUAUCACAUCAGAACAAUCUUACUAAUCUUAAUUCCCCGCCCAUAAUCCACGUAUUCGGUCGGACUACACGGACGAUGGGUUUUUUUCCCAGAGGUGGUGAUGAAGAUAUCACAUUGACACCUCUUCAAGAAACAUCACCUGAACAAUCCCCAUCGACCGUGCAGUCACAAUCGGAUACGUCAUCUCCUUCCCAAUCAACAACAACUUGGAGAUGGCCAAAACCAUCAUUUAGUCCCAAAGCUAGAGGGGAAUAUUCACGUCCCAGCGAUAACCCAGCCGAUCAUAUAGGUAAAGUCGGCAACACUUGGGCAAAAAAGACAUUAGAACAAUUAAGGAAAUAUCAUCAACGACGCAGUCCCAGUAUAUUAGGCAAAGGUCAUGGAUUUACCGUAUCGACUCCUUCUAAAGAUCCUUCUCUUCUGCAACCACCAGUAAGUGAUGUAAAGGACGCCGCAAAGACGCCUGUUGCUGUCCCCGAACAGCCUUUAGCAACGAUAACUGAAGAGGACGAAGGUGAUGAUAUCGGUGUAUGGUCUAGCGAGGAAGUUGAUUUGACUGAUCCUGGUAAAGGGGAUCCAUCAUCGAAUCCACCCAUCGUUGGUCGUCUACGUUUACUGGGCGAUAAAGAGCCAACUGGUAUGAGGGUUUCGCCAGAUCACCUAAUCGUUGUUGGUGGUUCUGCCGUAAGACAUAACAGCCCAUCAAACGGAAAUGUGCCAGUGUCAUUGCGAAACCCGAAUAGUUCUUCGUUGGCUAAACACAACGCAAAACCUUUAUACGAAACAAAAUUCACAAUAUCAAACAUCGGUGAUCAACCUCUACGAUACGAAAUUCUAUGGCCCGCUUUCCGCUUCGAUAUCUCUCCCGCAUAUGGAAUAAUAAUGCCAAAAAGCACAACAGCAAUUAAGCUAUCAGUUAUGAUGAAACAUCUCGUUGCGGGGUCGAAGAUGGACGAUCCAAGAGACUCUAAAAGUUUUAUAGGAUUUAUUAAAGGGAGUGAAAAAGAUGAGGAUAGGCCUUUGAUGGGUAAAACUUCUAUUAUAAUACGCUGUGAAAACGGGGAUCAUAAAGAGAUUGGCGUCGAUAUUGUUCAGGUUAAGAAGAAAGCAAAAGGGGAAUUGGAACAGGUUAAAGGCAAAAAUAGCAAGGAUGACACAAGGGUGAAUUUUUUGAGUCGAAUAAGCAAGUCUGGUAGGAAAAGCCUUUCUGGCAAGAUGGACGAUUUAUUAAAAGUUGCCAAAGCAAGAGCUACAGCAGUUUCAAAGAAGGGAGGUAACAUAGAAGACAAGUCAAACAGCAGUAGUGUAAAAGGGAAAUCCACCGUUUUAGCGAGUGGUUCGUCAGGAAAGAUAUCUUCCACCAGAAAAGGCAGCACAUCAAAUGCUUUUAAUAGUAGAUCAAGCAGUCCUGAAGGGAAACCGGCAGUACGGCGAAGAGUUGCGUCAUCCUCUUUGAGCAGCCGACCAAGUACGCCCGAUACAAAUCGAUCGAGACGUGGCCCUUCUCCUGCAUCAAACGUUCGCUCCGGCACUCCUGAUGGACACCGUAAUAUUAACCAAUCCAUCGUAAAGCAGCCUCCCCAAAGGAAAAAUUUUAUCAGUAUUGGCGUCCCGGGAAACGUUUCUUGCACGGCUACAACAGUGCGUGGGACAUCACAUGACCAUUUUCGAAUUCAUAAUCCAACCAACAAACCGGUCACAUGGCACUUAACUACUGCCACAAAUGCAUUCCUUAGACGGUCGGAGUCGUCGACUGCGCAAAAAAUUACCGAUGACGUUUUCUUAAUAUCAAAAACAAGCGGUUUUCUUCGACCAGGACAAACAGAACGGGUAGAUUACAACUUUCAUCCCCUGUUUGUAGGAACAUAUGUGCAGAACUUUAUGUUGGAAGGUUCCAUGAAUCCUGAUACAACGGGAGGAGUAGCGGUUCGUAUACAAGGUGAUGGCAAAGAAGACAAUACAGUGUCAGCAGGCGGGACAAGGGAUGCUGAGUUUCAGGUUUCGGAGAGAGAUAUCCGGAUAGCUCCGACAAGGGUCGGAAGACGUAGAUGCGUUGGAUUUCAGAUUAUUAAUCCAUCUGACCAUGUAAUCAAGAUUAGGUGCAAAUGUGAAGCCGUCGCUGGUAGUACCGCUCUAUCUAUUCCCCUCUCAAGCGUUCAAUUAAAGCCGGGCACAAGCUUUACUAUGCCUGUUCGUUUUCUGCCAAAAGAGCCUGGCGAGAUUCGUGGAGUUAUUGAACUACGCGCAUUCAGACGGAAUGAAGUGAGAGUAAACAUUGUAGCUGAGGGUAUAACGGAUCAAUCUUCAGAAACGGCGACUUGA